AUGGCAAUGGCCACGGCCAAGCUCCUCCUCCUCAUGGUCCUCGUGGCCGCCAGCUCCUGCGACGGCAGCGCGUGGCGGGGGCCGCUGAGCCGCCUGCGGAUGCUGCCGACGGCGCAGUACGUCGUCGAGGCGGCCGCGGAGCGCCUCAAGGAAGACGUGUCGUCGGCGCCGCUGAUCCACGCGCUGCACCCGCUGCUCGGCUCCGCGGGGGACUUCUCCAGGCGCGCCGGCGUGCCGUGCGACAGCUGGCGCCUGGCCGUGGAGACGUACAACAAGCGGGACUGGACGACGGUGCCGGCCAGCUGCGAGGGCUACGUCGGGCACUACAUGCUCGGCGGCCACUACCGCCGGGACUCCCGCGUCGUCGUCGACGAGGCCGUCGCGUACGCCGAGACGCUCAACCUCGGCGGCAACGGCAAGGAGGUGUGGGUGUUCGAUAUCGACGAGACGUCCCUCUCCAACCUCCCCUACUACGCCAACCAUGGCUUCGGCACUAAGCCGUACAACGCGACGAGCUUCAACGAGUACGUGCUGGAGGGGAGCGCGCCGGUGCUGCCGGAGACGCAGCGGCUCUUCAAGAAGCUCAUCUCCCUCGGCAUCAAGCCGGUGUUCCUGACGGGGCGCACCGAGGACCAGAGGGCCAUCACCGUGGCCAACCUCCGCCGCCAGGGCUACUCCGGCUGGAUGAAGCUGCUGCUCAAGCCCGUCGGGCUCAAGGCCACCGCCAUCGCCUACAAGUCCGGCGAACGGCAGAAGCUCCAGGACGCAGGGUUCGUCAUCGUCGGCAACAUCGGCGACCAGUGGAGCGACAUCCUCGGCGCGCCCGAGGGCGCGCGCACCUUCAAGCUGCCUGACCCCCUCUACUACAUUGGCUAA